AUGGAAGUCGGUAACGGUAAAUUCACGAUAGAAGAACGAAUUUUUUUACUCGUUUCGUAUCUGCGGUUGGAUGCCGACUAUGAAACGAUUUUUGCUGACUUCCAGGCAUGCUUUCCGAAUCGACCAGUACCUUCUCGUCGUAAUGUGACAAAAUUGUAUAAUAAGUUUCUUCGAACGGGUUCUGUAGCAGACGCAGCGCGUUCCGGUCGACCAGUAACAGUCACAAUACCUGAAAACAUGGAGACGGUGGCGCUAUAUCUUGCCGAAGAUGGGAAUCAGUCUGCCCGUAAACUAUCGAUGCAAUUAAACAUUUCAGUUAGGUCCCUGCGUCGCAUGCUGAAACGAAUGCAUUAUAAAGUUUAUCGCCCGCGGCUCGUGCAAGCAUUACAUGAGGAUGACUUUGAUCGCCGGCUUGAAUUUGGCAAGCGGUACCUUGGCUGCUUAGAAGAGGACCCGCGCUCUAUCAUAAGAUUUUGUGGACAGAUGAGGCGACUUUUAAAUUAA